GGAUUGGUCGAAGCUAUGGCCAAUGAGGAGCAGAGACAGCAGUUCGCGGGAGAUUCUUGUGCUACACUGCUGGCGCCUCCGAGUUCGCGGGAAUUUCAGUCCCAUUGUACCGCAAGUGAGAGAGGGAGCUGUGCGGGAGAGGCGCCGCCACUACCACGCCCUGACCCACCGCUCACCGACUACCACACAUCCCUCACUGCCUGAUACACCACUCUCCCAGCCAUGUCCCUGUUCCACAGUGUGCUGAGCAGGCCUCGCUGGAGCCAUCACGGGUCUCCUGCGUUCCCCCUCCAGAGCCUCCUGCAGAGCUUUCAGUGUGUCAGAAAGGAUGAGCACAUUUCCUAUGGUGAUGCUGGUAUGCCAGUUCCCCCUUUUGGAUGCUCAUUCAGUACAGUGUCUGAUAUGCCUCAAGUGCUUGCAGUGGCCAAUGAGGAGGGUUUUGUCAGGCUCUAUGACACAGAAUGCCGGGACAUGCAACGUCAGGUGAUGAAAGACUGGCAGGCUCACACUAAUGCCGUCUUUGACCUUGCCUGGGUUCCUGAAGAGCACAAGCUGGUUACAGCGUCUGGAGACCAGACUGCUAAGAUCUUUGAUGUGAAGGCUGGGGAGCUUAUCGGAGAAUGCAGAGGGCACCAGUGUAGUCUGAAGUCUGUUGCUUUCUCAAAGUUUGAAAAAGCUGUGUUCAGCACUGGAGGGAGAGAUGGUAACAUCAUGCUCUGGGAUAUGCGAUGCACCAAGAAAGAUGGUUUUUAUAGGCAAGUGAACCAGAUUACAGGGGCUCACAAUGCGCUGGAUAAACAAACCCCAUUGAAAGUAAAGAAGCGAAAACCGGCUGUCAGAGGACUCGCUCCGUCCGUGGACUCUCAGCAGAGUGUGACUGUGGUGGUCUUUCAAGAUGAGCACACCAUAAUAUCAGCAGGAGCUGUUGAUGGUGUAAUCAAAAUGUGGGACUUGAGGAAAAAUUACACUGCUUACCGACAGGAUCCAAUGCCUGCAAAAUCCUUUCCCUAUCCUGGCUGUAGCACACGGAAACUUGGUUAUUCCAGUCUGCUGUUAGACUUCACUGGCACCAGCUUGUUUGCCAGCUGCACUGAUGAUAAUAUCUAUAUGUUUAACAUAGCCGGGCUAAAGAGUGAUCCUGUAUCUGUGUUUAGCGGCCAUCAGAAUUCUACCUUCUACAUAAAGUCCAGCCUUAGUCCCGAUGGGCAGUUCCUGCUUAGUGGCUCAAGUGACCAUAGUGCUUACAUCUGGCAGGUGUCUAAUCCUCAAGCUCCCCCCAUGAUGCUUCAGGGGCACAGCCAAGAAGUGACCUCCGUUACUUGGUGUCCAUCCGACUUUACCAAGGUUGCCACCUGUUCUGAUGAUAACACUGUCAGGGUUUGGCGGCUGAACAGAGGUGAUGACAAUGAGGGGACAGAAGAGGAUAAAACGAACUGUGUAGGAUGGACUCGUUGGAAAACUGAACACUCUAUAGCAUCGAGGAUUUGCACACCUGCUAAAUCAGCCAUGGUACAAAGCAGCCAAUUCAUGUCUUCCCCUACACCAGCCACCUGUGCUCCUAGUCAUACCGGAGACCUCCCGAUGUCGUCUGGCACCCCGACAUCCCCCUUCAUGCCUCUCCAAAAGCUAGAGACUCCCACGAGACAGAAGCUGGAGACCUCCACAGUGACUCCAAAACAGCUUUCUAUAUCUAAAAUGUCCAUCAAAGACUGGGUCACCCGCACUCCAGUGACUGAUACAAAGACCCCAUCACCGCGGAAAGCCUUUACACCAGUAGAGCAGUACCCCACAAGCGCUAGUUCUAGAACACCACCUUCCUAUGAGAAGAGGGCGAAGCGACGCCUAGAAACCAGCAGUGUAAAUGUGGAGCAUGAAUGCUUCAGUCACUGCAACUGUGUGAUGGAGCUAGAGCCAGGAGUCAAGAAGGCAAGGCUGGACCUGUGCUCCUUUGAAGGAGGUGAUGGGAAAAUUGGCAAUAGGUGUCUGGGUCUUCCUGAUCUGAUCAAGGACUGUGAACAGAGAUCCGCUUCCAACUCUUCCUUGGAAAUGUCUGACAAUCCUAUUACUGCACCCAUUCAUGUAAGACUUGGACAGCAGGACAAGGAGAACCGUUCUCCUGAAAAGAACUGGUUGUCUGCAUUAGGAAGCAAAUUAAAAUCUGAUAAGCCUGCAGCACAAUACAAGGCUGGCAACAGUCCGUCAUUUCGCAGUGGGAGUGCUAAGAAGGCCCCAGCAAGAAGUAUAACUAACUCUCCUAUAUCAGUUCCAUCAACACCAAGUUCCUCAAGAAAAAUUUCUAUGUACUUCCAAAAAAAGUCUCCAGAGUAACCAGCUGGGUUGGAGCAAAGAUCCAUUCACCACAUUCAUAUAUAGCGAAGUGCGCUGGAACUGAAGUCCGCUUAUAUGGAAGCUGCUACGUUGAUGAGUGUGUUUGCUCAUUUUGAAAUGCACAUUCUAGAUCUGUGGAUCCUAAAUGCGUCUUUUUUUCUGGUGCCAAUCCAUAUUCUGCAUACUUUUACUUAAAUGUUUUAACAGCUAUAGAUUAUUUGACACAUAAGGUGCAUCUAACGGGACAGGAGCUGCCUAAAUUUUAACUAAUAUAUUUUGUCAUGAUGCUAAUGCGUGAACAGGUAAAUAGAUUCCAGCAAUUUUGCAACAACUUACAUAAUUCAUUCUAAUGGCAUUUCCCUUGAUCUAUACAUCUAUAGCACUUUUUAAGUAACAUUGAGCAACGUUCAACUGUUCAGUAGUUAGGCCGUGAGUAAUAGUUUCUCCAUUUACCACAAACUGUUUAAUGUUUUUUAAAUGGCGUUUAUGGAAUGUACAGUUCUCCUGUUCUUGGACUUUUUUCUAUUGUUGAAUUUUAUAUAGAUGCAAAGAUUGUUUUAGUCUGGGUGUAUAAUGCAGAUGUUUGCUAACUACCCUGUUGUAUCUUAAUGUAAUAAUUUGUAAAUACAAAGGUCAUAUAAAUAAUGUGCUUUAUACUGUA